GAAGGACGUCGUAAACACCGACGGUUCUGUGUUGGGAAGCGUCGGUCGCUGUGGAUCGUUGUUAGUGCUGGAGAUCAGCGGCAGUGUGUGUGGAGACCGCGCUUGAUCAAACUCCAGCUCUCCAUAAAUCGGGAUAAGAGGAAGGGUCCAGAAUCGUGCACCAAUUUAUUUGACCGAAUCAGAGGCUUGAUCACUGUUUAUGUAUCCGGCUAGGUCGCUAACUGGCUGAUCUCCUAAUGGAAAGAGCAUCUGAGUUUGUCUGAUGUGCGUCUGGGAUACAAUGUUUCUCGUGUUUCUUUUAUCGGAGCGCUACAGAGGAACAGCACGGAGAGCUCCAGCCUGAACAAUGACUCCGAGUAGCCGACUCAGAGACUCCUCACUCCUGCAGGACUGACCGAAGAAACUCUCGCAGGGCAGCUUUUAUGUGGAUUGGCGUUCCAGAGCAAUGGCUAUAAGAAUGUCUUAGCCCAGCGAGGACUGGAACGGGGGGACUGUGCAAGUUUCUUCCCCUUUGGGAUCUCGAGGCGAUGAGUCGGCACAAGUGAUGGAGAUCCAUUGAGUCCCUUACACUAUUCAUUGCCCUUUCCCCCUUUACCCUUUACCCCUGCCCCGUUUGGCUAGUGCACGAACAUGCUGCGCUUCCUUCCUCUCAAGCUUGGCCGUUUGUACCGGUGUCUGAAGCUUCUCUUUCUUUUGGGGCUGUUUGUCAUCUUGCUGAUGAACACGCACAACCUCUUCGCCUCUUUUCAAAAGAACGAGCUCACUGACCGAAGGUUCAUCAACCUCAACAAGUGCCCGGCUUGCUUUGGCACCAGUUGGUGUCGGAAGUUCAUGAACGGACAAAUAUCCUUCGAGACAUGGGGUCGCCUUCGCUUUCUGGAUGUCUUCAAUGUAAAAAAUGUUUUUUUUGCUCAGUACGGGGAGCCUCGUGAGGGUACGCGGAGGAUCGUACUCAAGCGUUUGGGUUCCAACCAAGAACUUGCUGAUAUUGAUCAGAAGAUUUGCAAGCGAGCAACGGGUCGACCUCGUUGCGAUCUCAUCCAGGCCAUGUAUAAGACUGAGUUCGCCCGACUUAACGGGGAUGUUAGACUCCUAACCCCAGAUGUUGUGGAAGGAUGGUCAGACCUUGUUCAUUGUCCUUCCCAAAGACUGCUGGACAGGAUAGUCAGGAGGUACGCUGAGACAAAGGACUCUGGAAGCUUCCUUCUCAAGAACCUUAAAGACACGGAAAGGAUGCAGCUAUUGAUGACCUUGGCUUUCAAUCCAGAGCCUCUAGUGCUUCAGAGUUUUCCGUCAGAUGAAGGCUGGCCAUUUGCAAAGUACCUGGGUGCCUGCGGCCGGAUGGUGGCGGUGAACUACGUAGGCGAGGAGCUGUGGAGUUUCUUCAAUGCCCCUUGGGAAAAGCGAGUCGAUCUGGCCAAGCAGCUGAUGGACAUUGCUGAGCAGCUGACCAACAAUGACUUCGAUUUUGCGUUGUACCUGCUGGAUGUCAGCUUUGAUAAUUUCGCUGUGGGCCCGCGGGACGGGAAAGUCAUCGUGGUGGAUGCGGAGAAUGUGGUGGUGGCCGACAAGAGGUUGAUCAAGCAGAAUAAGCCUGAGAGCUAUGAUGUCUGGUACGAGAGCAGGUUUGAGGAGUGCGACAAGGAGGCUUGUCUUUCCUUCUCUAAAGACAUGCUGUGUUCACGCGUCACAGUGGACCACAACUAUUACGCCAUCUGUCAGAAUCUGCUUUCGCGAUAUGCUACAUGGCGGGGCAGCUCCGGCGGGCUCCUUCACGACCCCCCCGCCCACAUAGCCAAAGACGGCCAGCUUGAAACCCUGUUGGAAGAGUGCGCCAACCCCAAAAAGCGAUAUGGACGCUUCCAGGCAGCUAAAGAACUCCGCGACUACUUAACCCAACUAAGCGGUAGCGCUAGGUAAUGACUGCCCAUAAUGGUUACCGCUAAACGUUCACCCAUCAAUGAUGUCUUCAGGGUUUGAGAAUCCCCAUUUGACUUUCAACAAAGAAAUGUCUGAGGAAUCUCAAACCAAUCACGUGUGUAAAUUUUGGUUUUGCGUACAUUAAUCUUUAAAUUAUUGAGUU